AUGACAAUUCCUAGGCUCAAGGAUCUCACCAAACAACACUCCCCUGACAUUAUCUUCCUCUCUGAAACGAAGAAUCCAGACGCCUAUGUCCUCAAGGAGCUUGCAGCUCUCAAAUUUGAUCAUCACUAUCUCUUCUCUCCACUGUCACCGGGAGCUGGAGGACUAGCCCUCUUCUGGAAAGCAGAAACUGAUAUCCAAAUCCUAGAUGCAACGAAGAACUUUAUCGAGACAAAAGCCUCCUUCAAGAACUCCUCCAUUUUCAGCACAUUCAUAUAUGGAGCCCCCGAGAUUCCUGAUCGUCAAGGCAGCACAGAAAAAUCUGGUGGGAUAGCUAGACCUGAAAGCACCUUCGUGCCUUUCCGCUCCUUCCUCUCUGCUUGUGAUCUCUUUGAUUUGAAGCAUUCUGGAAAUUUCCUGUCAUGGCGGGGACAGAGGCACUCUCAUCCUGUGCACUGCCGCCUUGAUCGAGCUAUCGCAAACAGCUCCUGCUCCGAUCUCUUUCCUCGGGCCUGCUGUGAAUACUUAAGCUUCGAAGCCUCGGACCAUAGACCAAUUCUCUGCACCUUGGAUGGCAAGAAGAGGAAACCAGCAAGAGUCUUCCGCUAUGAUAGACAUCUACGAGACAAUCCAGAGAUAACGGCCUUAGUUGAUAGAAUCUGGCAACUGAACACCUCUGCCUCUGUCUCAGAUCGAAUCCGCAGUGUAUGUCAAGCUAUCUCUGCAUGGAGCAAAGAACAUUAUGUCAAUAGUAAAAAGGAAAUAACGGAAAUACAACGUUCGCUAGACGCUGCCCUCUCUAACCCAGUACCUGAUAAUGCAGCUAUCUCACGCCUCAACAAUACACUUUUAUGUGCCUACAAGGCAGAAGAAGAGUACUGGAAGCAGCGCAUCUGUCUCUUGUGGCUCUCCUUAGGUGAUAAGAACACCUCUUUCUUCCAUGUUUCAUCCAAAGGCCGAAAAGCCCGUAAUCGAAUCUCUGUUUUGGAAAACGAUCUGGGUCUUCCUGUAUUUGAAGAUGAUCAGAUCUUGAAUAUUAUAUCAUCAUAUUUCAAAGAGAUCUUUACCUCCUCUGGUUCAUCAGGAUUGGAAGUGGUCAAAGCGGCUAUAUCCCCAUGUAUCUCAGCGCCUAUGAAUGAGCAGCUGACAACCAUACCCUCACAUGUAGAGAUUCAGGAAGCCCUCUUCGCCAUACAUCCUGAUAAAGCUCCUGGACCCGACGGCUUCUCUGCAAGUUUCUUCCAGACGAACUGGGAAGCGGUGGGACCCGCAAUAGUAUCAGAAAUCCAAAUCUUUUUCAGUUCAGGUACCCUCCUAUUCUCAAUCAACGAGACUCACAUCAAGCUCAUUCCUAAGAUACCGAGUCCUAAAAUAGUUGCUGACUACCGACCUAUAGCCCUAUGCAACGUCUAUUACAAAAUCAUAUCAAAAAUCCUAUCUCUACGGCUCAAACCUGUUCUAUCUCCGAUAACGUGCUGA